CAGCAUUAAUUGCGAUGCUCGAACGGAAGAGAAGACAAAAGACUUGGAGCCGAAGCAACAAAAAUUAAUUAGGGUUCCCGAGGUGCGAUUGUACUUCAUCUGCUUGGGGUUUGUGGUAGAUCUCUUCGGUUCUUCGGAUCCGACACGCGUUUUUUUCUUUUCUAUGGUUUUCGAGAAUCCGUCUUCUAAUUUCAAGUUCUUGUUUCCCGAAGAGUUUGGAGUUCAUUGCGAGAUCGUGGUCAUCGCUGUGCGAUUCAUUAUGUUUUCUUCCGGUUUGCGGUUUUUUCUAUGAUGGAUCACGACUUUCUGUGAUGGCUUCUGAUGUAAAAUACAAAUUUAGGCUGAUCAAUGUACUACGAGGCAAUUUUAGUUCUUGUUUGAUCGAUUCGUUAUGUUUUCUUCCGGUUUGCGGUUUUUUCUAUGAUGGAUCACGACUUUCUGUGAUGGCUUCUGAUGUAAAAUACAAAUUUAGGCUGAUCAAUGUACUACGAGGCAAUUUUAGUUCUUGUUUGAUCGGGUUGAAUUCGUUUCCGACUGAUCUCUGAUUCAUUUGAAUCUAUGCGUGGAAUUUCUUGAUUUGGUGAUUUGAUCGUGCCCAAACUUGUGAUUUUUACCUAUCUUUAUCUCCAGUUGUAAAGGGCUUUGAGGAAAUCGCUGGUGUAGGUUAUAUUGGGGAUUUUGCUUUGGAACCAGAAUUUUAGGUCUGGUUCGGUCCUGGUUCGAUUGUUAGUUGGUUCAAUCGAACCAACUAAAUCGAUAUAACCCUAACCCAACACUAACCUGCUGCCGCUCUCGAUCCCGAUCCCGAUCGCGAUCUCGUCGCUCGCUGCCACUGCUCCCGCUGCCGUUGCUCGCCGCUGUCGCUGCUCGCGCCUCCCGCGAGCCCUCUCGCUGCUCGCGCCUCCAGCGAGCCCUCCCGCGAGCCUUCCCGCUGCUCGCGCCUCCCGCGAGCCCUCUCGCUGCUCGCGCCUCCCGCUGCUCGCGCCUCCUGCGAGCCCUCCCGCGAGCCUUCCCGCUGCUCGCGCCUCCCGCGAGCCCUCCUGCUGCUCGCGCCUCCCGCGAGCCCUCUCACUGCUCGCGUCUCCUGCCAGCCCUCCCGCGAGCCUCCCCGCUGCUCACGCCUCCCUCGAGGCCUCCCGCUGCUCGCGCCUUCCGCUCCCUUUCCCUUUCCCGCUCGCCGCUGCUGCCGCCGCCGCUCGCCGCUGCUUCCUCGUUUCUCCGUCAGCAGGAAGUGUCUUCCUGCUUCCAGUUAGGAUCUGUUACAACUGGAAUUAUCUGCUGAGUGGAACAUCUGUCAAAUGGAAGAACAAUUUAUUCUCCGUGUUCCCCCAUCUGUAGCAGAACGAAUUGAACGCCUUUUGAAUGAGAAUGUCUCCUCUUCUUUAGAUGGCUCACUGGAUGUAUCCUUUUCAGAGGAUGGACGAAGUGGUACAUUUAUGAUAGGCGAUGAGAGGUUUCCUACCUCCCUCUUGGAUCUUCCCUGCAUAGUGGAAUCCUAUAAAACCUACGAUGAUAAUGUGUUGAUCAAAACAGCUGAUGUCGGCCAGAUGAUCAUGGUAAGAGACGAAGGUGAUGCUGCUGUUAUUGAAGGGGUUGAAUACAAGCAUGGACUUACUCCUCCAAUGAGAGAUGCUCGUAGACGGCGAUUCCGGAGGGAACCUGAUCUAAAUCCGGAGGUUGUGCAACGGGUUGAGAAAGAUCUACUGAACAUUAUGUCUGGUGGGACGGUAGAAAGUUUACAUGUCGAAACAGUCGUGCCGGAGGCAGGCGGUCAGCGCAAAAAGAAUGCUCCGGUGGCUGCUCCAAAGCCAGAUGAAGUGCAUGUGAAGAGUGCUGCUGGAGGUGAACCGGAAAGAAGUGAUUCUGAUGAUUCUUUGGAACCCGAAAGCUAGUGCAUUAGAAACAGACACCGUCUGAGUUUGAUGGAUCUUGAUGUAGCUGAGAAAUAUGUUUGAUGCAUGGUUUCUGAUCUGAUGUUCCAAACCCCUUGUUACCCAAACAAGGUUUUGACUUGCCAGUGUCAAAAUCCUUGAUAUGUGGUGCCUCUUUGGUUAUAAUAAUAAUACCUGUGACAAAUCUGGUGGAAAUCUCGUUCUAAUCCUUUCCCUCUGUAUAGGUUUUCAGAUAUAUUUUUGUUGUUGCAUAAGAUGAGGAAUGUUCAGUUAUUGGAGGAUUAAUAAUUAGUGAUAAUUACUAAAUAUGAAUAAUAAUUGUCAUUUCUUAUUAUAA